CAAAAAUCACUUGAUAAAUCUUGAGUUUUUUAUAUGUGCGCGGGGGUCUGACACGGGAGACCGUCACAUUCAUUGUUAGCUUGACGGAUGUCUUUUUCUAUCGCAAUAAUCUCUAAUCGAAUCAUCAUCUCACGCUAGAACCGCGAACAAAACCAUUCUAAAUGUCCAACGUCACGAUCUGUCGGAAAUCCGCGAGGAAUUAAGUUGUGGUGGUGUGGAAAAACGCAAGUGAUUUUUUCUCGUCGCGUAUCAGGAAAUCGCUUGAAGCCUUCGCGACGAAAAAAAACAACUCGUCGUGACUAACCGCGGCGGACGGGUGGCAAGAAAAACGAAAUUUCGCCUAAAUGACUACGGCUGAUCCACCGCUCCUGCAACUAGAGGACGAAAUCAUCACUUGUCUGAAGGACGAAAUCGAUUUCCUUAAGACGAACAAAACCGCAGACGCUGUAGUUAAAAACGGCCCAAACGGCGGACUCAUAACCGAUGAUAAAAGUAGCAUAAUUUCACUGUCGAGCAGUAACUGUGGCGCUAGCACAAGUAACAGCUGUCGCAGCAGCAACGACUCCAUCGACGAAGAGGAGGAAAUCCAUUCAGUGCCGGAGGUAGAAUUCGAGGGUGUCAACCUGGACUCCGGCGGAGAUAAUCGUGAGUCGCAGCCCCUACUGGGGGCUCGCGACCAUUCGGAUAUACUACGUAAUAACUACGCUGAUGAUCCUCAGUUCGGUGAGCUCAUCCUACAGGCCGAAAUGGCCAUUGACCAUGGGAUAUAUCCAGAAAGGAUAUAUCAAGGCAGUAGUGGGUCUUAUUUCGUGAAAAAUCCUGCAGGUAAAAACAUAGGUGUUUUCAAGCCAAAAGAUGAGGAACCCUACGGGCGACUGAAUCCAAAAUGGACAAAGUGGAUGCACAAGUUGUGUUGUCCUUGCUGUUUUGGUAGAGCAUGUUUAAUACCAAAUCAAGGCUAUUUGUCAGAGGCUGGCGCAAGCAUAGUGGACCAAAAAUUAAAAUUAAAUGUUGUGCCGAAAACACGGGUUAUACGACUGGUAUCGGAAACUUUCAACUAUCCAAGAAUCGAUAGACAAAAAUAUAGGAUUAAACGAACUAUUAAAGAGCACUAUCCAGCAGCAAAGUUUAAUCGGAUGAGUCUACCCCCUAAGGUCGGAUCGUUUCAAAUGUUUGUUGAUGGUUACAAAGACGCUGACUUUUGGCUUCGUCGUUUUGAAAACGAACCACUACCGAAAAAAUUGGCGCAUAGAUUUCAAAUGCAAUUCGAACGACUCGUUGUUCUCGACUACAUUAUACGUAAUACAGAUCGUGGUAACGAUAAUUGGCUCAUCCGAUACGAAAUGCCUACUAUUGUUAAUGGAUUAAACGGGACGACAACAGCAGCAACAAAAGCAGCUGCAUCGUCAGGAGGGAACCUCAUAUCUACAGAAGCUACACCCGGUUCGAGUACAGAAAAUCAACUAACACAGAAUGAACAUGCCGAUUGGCAUUUAGUCCAGUCGCCUGAUAUCAAAAUUGCCGCCAUUGAUAAUGGUUUGGCAUUUCCAUUCAAACAUCCUGAUUCGUGGCGAGCAUAUCCGUAUCAUUGGGCUUGGUUACCGCAGGCCAAAGUGCCUUUUAGUCAGGAAAUAAAGGAUCUAGUUCUGCCGAUUUUGUCUGAUAUGAAUGCAGUCGAGGAGCUUUGUCAGGAACUUUAUGAGCUAUUCAGGCAAGACAAAGGUUUUGACAAGGGUCUUUUCGAACGGCAAAUGUCUGUGAUGCGUGGUCAAAUACUGAAUCUUACCCAAGCCCUAAAGGACGGCAAAUCACCUGUACAAUUGGUACAGAUGCCAGCUGUUAUUGUUGAACGGUCAAGUAGUUCAAGCUCGAGAUUCUUCUCCUUUACACAGCGCUUCCAAAACAAAAGCCCCUUCUUCUCAUGGUGCUAACUAACAGGAAACUGAGCAUUAUAUAGGAACAAAGAAACUAGAUACAUAUAUAUCCACAUAUUUAAGUCCACGAAAAGAUUAGGAAGAAAGAAAUUCAUAAAUAUGCCUGCGUUAUCACCGUCAACAACAAAUAAACAGAAAAGACAAACGAGAGAACUAAAUGUCGUAUUUGUUGCGUCAUUGUUAUUUUAAAUGCUGUGAAAUUAUACUAAAAUUUAUAUAUAUAUUUUUUCCCCUUUAUUUUAGGAGAUAAUUCAACACCUGUCUCAUUAUAGAAUUUAUUUUUAAAGUUAAUUUCUCAUCUAGCCAUCAUACGUCUAUUUUAUUUUUUUAUUAUUUCCUUUUACCGUCGCAAAUCAUUCCUAGGCAUACCUCGUGUUUUGUUAUGUUGAUUUUUUUUUUGUCGAUUAGGAUUUGAGAUUGCGGUAAUAAUAAUGUGUAAAAUAGAUUGUGAUCUAAUUUUCCAAAUAUUGUUUGAUUCGAUAGGUCCUGAUUUGAUUGUGUUUUUUUGUAGAGUGUACUUUUUUUUGUACGAUUAUUUGCAUCGUUAUAAAAUUAUUGAAUUCGGUUUAAGUACAAAAACGAAAAUAGGAAAACGUCACCACCAACGAAUUCCAAAAAAUUUAGAAACUAUCGCGCUAAAUGCCUUCCCUCGCUGCUAUUAAAAUAGGAUGCAUACCAAGCUGGGGAAAUGAGUCAUUAAAUUUUAAGUAUAAGAGGGGUUCAUGCCUAAAUCGAAGAUCUAUUGAAUUUUUUGAGGCAGGCCUGGAAAAAUAAAAGGUUUUCAGAUAAGAGCGUUCCCUUUCCCAAAGAUUUACCACAUUUGUUUAUGCAAGCUCGAAUGCUGGACGAUACGAGCGCUAGCUUUUCAUGAUCAAUUAUUGCUCGAUGCUUGCCAAGUCAGGCGCUGUGGCUGAUUACGCAGGAUAUAUUUUUCAUUGGGUUGUGGUGUAGUAAUCACUUCACAAUCUUACGAGUAUCAGCCAUUCAUGAAGUGAAGGACUUCCAACAAGUUUCAAGCCAACCUGUCCCGGGAUUUGCGGAGACGAAUACUCUUGCUAGGUAGGCGUAUUUUUCAUUAUUAAUUAAUUAUCAGCUGCGAGAAAAUAUGCAUCCUCAUUAAUAGGGUCAUUGAACCGCUUCCUAUUUUAACAAAUCAGUUAAAUUGGUUUCUUUUCCAUUUUCAUUUUCUCCCCCUUUCGCCUUAUCUAUUGUAGUAGGAAUUUAGAUAUAUCGUAACAUAAAAAACAGUAUAAAUAUCGACUAAGGGAUAUAUAUAUAUUAGAACAAAAAAAAAUUAGGAAUAUUUAAUGAAACAUGAAAUUAUUCAUUUUAUAUUUAUCAAAUAUAUGAAAGAAAGCAAAGAUACACUUAUUACAACUUCAGAAGUCAUACCAAUAUUGUAAAUAAUAACAUAUUCACAUAUUACGGGAACGUAAAAUAAACUGUAAAAUUGGAAUUUUAAACUACGUUAAAUAAACGAAAUGAGAAAGGACCUAAAAUGUUAAUAUCAUAACUAACAGUCCUAAACGCA